AUGACGAGACAAUUCCGGCUGCAGCAGUCGUAUUCGAUGGGGGCGCGGCGGCAGCCGCUGCUGAACAGCGAGUUCUCGUCCAGCGGCGGGAUGAGGCGGGUGAGGGUGGCGGAGAUGGCUGGGGGAACGACGGCGGAGUGCGCUGCGGUGUGCUGCUGCUGCCCGUGCGGGAUGCUGAAUCUGGCGGUGCUGGCGGUGUACAAAUUGCCGGCGGGGCUGUGCAGGAAGGCUCUGAGGAAGCAGCGCCAGCGCCAGCUGCUUAAAAGGGGGAUUCUACGCUCGCACGGCUACGGCUGCGACUACGACGACGACGAAUACUUCCUCCGCCUCCAUUCCGGCAACAGCAGCGUCGUCACCACAUUUGAGUCCGGGAAUAUUCAGGUGAUUGAGCUCGAGAAACAGAUGAUGGAUAAAUUCUACGGCGCCGGUUUCUGGCGGAGUCCGUCGCAGAAGAGCGAUACCUCCGCCCUUACAACCGUCUCUAUCUAG